GGGGGCGGUGCCCAGCAGCUGCUGCCUGUAGCUUGCAUUGUCCCAUGUAAGGCUAUCAGAACCCAUUUGGCCAGAAGAACCCUCUACAGACCUUCUGAUACAAGUCCUACAUUGCAGCAAGAUAGGGAUCAUCAGCAACCCCUGAGCACCAGACAUGGAUCCUCCUCACCACCAUAGAGAUCUACAUGCCUGGCUCCAUAUAAGUGGAGAAUGAAGACAUUUUUCUAUCCGUCUCAUUAGCUGACCUUUCCCCCGAAGAUGUCUGGCCAAGACGUCCCCAGCCAACUAUGUCGAGAGGCCAACCAACAUCUCACCCAAGAAGAAUUCUCUUUGGCUUCCGCGUUCUUCAUGGCAGCAUUUAGUUGUAAUGCCCCCGUUGCACUUCAGAGAGUCAAAUCCCUGGAUGAUGGGCAGUACCGGGAAAUUAUCAACACUCUGGAGAAAUGGUGUUUAGGGGAUGCCGAAAUACCAAAAAUAAAGUGCGAUGGCAUGGCCAUUGUGUCACUCAAUCCCGGGAUCGCGGCUGUGUUCCUUUCUACGCUCUGUCCCAACAAUUUUGCAUCCUCUUUGUUUAAAAUGGGCACGUUCCUUAAGAGUGGGCGCUACGAAGAGGUGGUGGGCAGGUGCAACUCUCUAUUGAACGCCCACCCCCAGCAUUCCUUCAAACUGUUGCUGACCCGAGGUCUGGCGUGGAUUCUGUCCCAAACCCACUCAAGAAACGGGGUCGUAGAUUACGUCCAAGUGUUCGCCAAGUACAAGGACGAGGCCAAGCAACACAUCUGCACUAAACAAAGAGAGUAUUUGCCUCAAGUCAUUCGUGCUUUCCAUGACUACAUUUCCUCUUAUGAAAAUAACAACGCUGAAGGAAAUAUUAAAGUUAUGCUCCACGAUUGUUACAGUUUUCUGGCUGCUUUGGCUCCCGAUGACCUCCAAAUAUGCAACACUCAAGCGGCUUACUUAUUCGAGGAAUGUAAAUUCGAAGAAUGCAUAGCCGUGUACUCUAGAGCCAUCGAGGCCUUGUCUUUGGAAACCAAGCUCAAAGAGGAGAAAAUAUCUUGCCUUCUCGUAGAUCGGGCCGCGGCCUACUAUUCUUUGGGUUGUAGGACAAAGGAAAUGGUACAAGACUUGGCCGAGGCCUUCAGGAUCAGCCCAAUCCAUGCCAGGAAAAGGUUUACAGAGAUCUUUUCCAAGGCCGAUGUGGCCAGAGUUAUGGAGCGUUCCAAGGCUUGCAUUGAAACUGAAUUUGGGGACUACCGAGAAGCUGUCCGGGCUCAUACCGAGCUCCGAUCUGACAUUGGUACGGACCUCCUCCUACCGAUCAUGCAAGCUUUGGAGUUUUUUAUUCAGUGCUGCCCGGAUAGCAGACGCGAAAUGAACAUCCGGUUGGCGGACUGCAAACUUUUAGCUGGAGAUUUCCGAACCUGCUUGGACAUCUGCGACCGGCUGAUUAACUCGGAGAAGAAGACCUAUCAGAACACCUUAUACGUUCUACGAGGCUUUUGUCACUUCCACAUCAAUGAACACCAAGAGGCCUUGAAGGACUUUCAGAAGAUUGUAGAGGACGAGUCGCCCCAUCCAUCCAGUUGCGUCAAGGCUCUUUGCGGGAGAGGGCUGGUCCGAAUGAUAAGUGGAAGCCCGUAUCUGACCGCCCUGGACUACAUCACAGCUUGCAAACUCAAACUGGAUGAAACUUUCCUUACAACUAAAACCUAUGUGCCAUGGAACCAAAGGGGUCUCCUCUUUAAAGUGUUACAGGAAGAAGGUGAGAAGAUGCUACAAAAGAAGCCCUCCAGUGAGAACGGGAACCCCAGCAGGAAGAAGACAGGAGACCAAGAUGGAGCCUCACCCAAGGAAUGUGAUGUUUCAGGUGUCCACCAGCUGGCCACGCUCCUGAUGAUGUUGGACCCCACGGAUGACGUGUGCCGCAUCCUCUGCACUGACGCUCUCUAUCAGAUGGACCGCAUAGAAGAAGCCCAUAAGAUGCUCAGCUUGGCCCUCAACAGCAGCUCUCAGCGGUCCCCGGUCCUGGCCAGGCUGGCCCUUCUGCAGCUGAAAAAGGGCUUUAUAUACGACGGGAACCAGCUCAUUAAGAAGGUGAUCCAGCUGGGUGACACUUCUUGCCUUUUGCCCAUCAUGGAUAUUUUCAUAGAAGAGGAUCGCAGACUGAUGCAGAGUCACUGCCACGCCAAGGGCAUGUCCAUCCUACAGAGCAGACAGGGGGAGGCGUACCUGAGGGAGGCCGUGGCCUACUUGUCCUUCGCUAUUAUAGCGUCAGGAGGCCAUGCCAAGGACUCUCUGCUGGCCAGAGGCAGAUGUUACGGGCAGCUGGGACAGAAGAUGACGGCGAUAUUCGAUUAUAACACCGUGCUGAGGGCGGAGCCCGCCAAUACCGAGGCGCUGUGCGCUAAAGGCUUCAUGCAGAUGUCUAUGAACCAGCAGAAGGAAGCGGUGUGCGGCGUCACGCUGGCUCUCCGGUCGGAUGCGGCUUACGUCGCCCGAGAGAUCGGCGCUCUGAAGCCAGAAGCUCGGUUCCUGAUCACCGAUUGGCUGCAUGACCACUGCAGGACGUCUUUAGAAGAAGCGCUCAACGCCAAUAAGAGUUUCCAGAGCGACCCGGCGAGCCGCGACCUGGAGCUGAUCGCCGCCACUCUGGUCGAUACGGAAAACGUGCAAGCAAAAAUCCAUCUCUUAUACGUUGACGUGCUCAUUGCAAAGGAGAAUCACGAGGAGGCUUUCACCCACCUGAAAAAGUCUUUCACCAACAGCGCCAUCGAUGAAUCGGCCAAGGCGCGCUACGGAAUUCUCCACGUCAAGUGUCGCAACGUCCUCGCCGCCGCCCAGGAACUCUCCGCGCUGGCCGGGAAGAAUCCGAAAGAGCUGGAGACUCUGGUGAAGUUCCUGGAUAAGAGGCAAAGACAGAGCCUGUCACAGAUCGCGGGACAAGAAGGCAAUUCCCUUUUCCAGGAGAACCAUUAUGAGAAAGCUCUGGAAUAUUUCUCCCUGGCCGUCAUCUCCAGCAACAAUAACCCCAAGUACCUCCGUCUCCGCGCCUCAUGCCUCACCCACCUUGGAGAGUAUAAAGGCGCGGUGAGCGACAUGGACAUGGCCAUCCAGCGGCACAGCGCAAAUGACCUGAGGACUCAAAUAGAGGACUUCUGCUUUAAGGGCCGCCUGCUGCUUCUGGACGGGGAGGAGGAGGCCUCUUGCCGACAAUAUGUGAAGGCGGUAAGCCUGGACAGCACAUUUGCGUUGGCUGCCAUUAGCGAUUCUCCAGGAAGGACGAGGCUGGCGCAGAUAUUCAGCCAAACGGCACAUAAAUGCUUUGACCAGAAACUGUUGGAAGAGUCCUGGAAGCUGACCGAAUGCGGACUGAUUAUCGGGGAAAACAACCAAGAACUGAGGAAAUUGAAGACGAGGAUUAAACGGGAGGCCUCUGGAUGUAUUGUGCAUUGAUUAGAAGUGGACUGAAAGUCACAUUUUUUUUUGUUUAGUUCAAAUAGGGAAUGGUUAAAACCCAUAUCAACUUUUUGUAUCAUUUAUGUAUCCCACUGGAGACACAACAGGGAGCCAAAAUAAAUCUUUCCAUAAUCAGUGGAAAUCCCCUCCUUAGUUGUCAUCGGAACAAGUGUCCCAAGUGGAAAAUGUCCUCUCUGUUUCUGUUCUGGUGACCACUGUAGCCUGUAUAAUGUUGGUUUUUCCAUUGCUUUCUGUCCCGGGGACAGAGGUGCUGAAGAGACCAGGGCUCAAGUCCUGCGGGAACGUGUGGGAACGGAGUUCCUGCACUUUUUUCACAGCAGGAACGCAGUUCCC